AACACGGAGACGUUAACGAAGGCGGGCUUCAGUCUUUUAACAUGGUGCCUCGCUGACGAAGUAACCGAAAUCUCAUUGGACGUGCUGCAAUUUUCAACUGCAUUCAACUUAACAUCCAGGAUUUUAUCUUGGCUUAAUUUAUAGGAAAAUCUAAAAAUAUGGACAGUUUUACAUUUUAUCUUUUAUCAGUUGUUCUUGUGCUAACUUUCUUUGUGGCCACGCCAGCGACAGGUAAGGAGCAAUUAUACCACUCGUUUGAAAAUGUUAAGCUUGAAUAUUUCUCUCGACACAAAUGCUACCCCUUUUAUCUCAAGAUAUUUUUUAUAGUAAGGAGUUAAGCAAUAACUAAUAAUAAACAUUAACCUCUUCUUCUUGAAUAGUUCUUUAAAUGCUAAGGUAAUUUUCCGGUUUUUGGAUAACAGGUUUUCGUUAAUUAACUACCCAGGUUUGUGUAGGUUUAAGCACAAAUUCUUGUUGGUAAUUUUCUUUUCUAGCGCCCUUUUUAAACAAAUAUUAUUUAAGUACACAGAACAGUAGAAUGGUGUUCUUUUUGAUAAAAACAAAGAGGUAAUUGCCAACCAUAUCAAUACCGUGAUAGUGAAACGCUAAUAAUCUUUGAUUUCUUUCAAACUCCUCUUUCUAUUUCAGGAAGUGAUUCCUUCUUUGGUCUUUAUCGAGGUAACUAAGAUUUUUUGUAUCGUUACUGCAGUUAAAUUCAUAUCCUCUCUUGAAAACUGUAUUUACCGUAGUGUCAGCCACGUUUGGCGUAAUUCAAUUUUAAAUGGACCUCUAUGCUUAGCUUAUUUCAGGCUCUCAGAUUGUAAAGAUGACGCGUGAAGUGUAAGACACGCGAAAAUACAAUCGCGCUGGAAAAAGGGGCGGUGUCCUUUCUUCAGUUUCCUUCCGUUUUAUUUUCAUUUUUGCGCUUUUUGUAUUUUUGCGGACCCGACUAUCUUGGAGCCUGGAACAGGCUACUAUAUACACCGCAGUCAUUUUCGUCGCCAGAGUUGCGAUCCUUUUGGCCAGCGCCAAGCGGAGAGCUCUGGCUGGCAGGAGGGCAGAAAGGUCCGUGCAAAACACGGAGUUCUGCCGGCUUUCCAUGCCCAUCUUCAGAGAUCCGAAACAAUGACGAUUACCAUAGAUUACAAUAAGGAAACCUUCUGCGCUUGCAUGUUAUCCUGGUCUCAGAAGGAGCUGCAGCUGCUCUUGAUCCGUGGCGCUGACGACAAGGAACGCAGUUCUGGGGAGCGGAAUGAAUAGCAUGCUUUCGCAGAGAAAACCUGGACCAUUCAAAGUCCUAUUUUUUCGUAAGAUCUCCGAGAUCAAGCUCCUACCUUUACCGGCGGCCAUCUUGCGGCAACUGUUCUAAGGAGGCGGGCCCUCGCGUUUAAUUAGAUUUGGCGCGACUUGGUAAAUUUACAGCCAAGAUGGCCGCCCGUAAGGGUAGGUGCUGGACCCCGACGAUCCUACGAAAAAAAAUUGGUGACUGUGACGACUCUAGAGAAAACCUAACAGAGAAUAUGAAAUCAAACUGAUGGACAAUUAUAAAUGGAAUAUCUUUAAAUAACAUUAGGAAGUGAUGGAAAUUUAAAAAAAGAAAUGGAACUAGGCGUGUCUGGGUCUUCGCUGAGUAGAUCGUUUGACAUUAUGUGGAUACAAAAUGACCUUUGUGAGUCAAACGAAUCAACGCGUUUGCGAAUAAAGCUUCGUAAGGUUCGGUAAUACACGCAUUUCUAGUCAGCAGCGUUAACACUUCGGAACAGCUCAUGUAACUGUGCUUUGAAUUCUGUCAUCUGCAAAUGACUAAAAAUGAUUAUUUGUUUUUCCUGUAAGCAUCACGCUCCGCCCCUCCUCUCGCAAAAAACCAAAACCCCGUUUGUAAAACAGCGCAGCUACUGCACAGUGACAUAGUGCAGAAUGCAUCGCUUGAGGGUCAGCUGCAUGCUGGGAAUUUCACCUUUCUCGGCCCAGUAAAAAACAUGGAGGAAUGUAUGUCAUUAUGCUGCGCGAGCAAGCGAUGUCAGUUGGCGUACAUGGAUCAAGCAAAAUGUUAUGGUGUCAAGUGUUACAGCGAGGAAUUGUGUAAAAUAACGACGGGUUACACGCCGAGUGAUGUCAAGAUAUCGCUGAUGGUUAGGAACGAUAUCAACAGAAAAGGUAUAUACCUGUAAUAAUAAUAUUAUUAUUACUAUAAUCAUAACUAUAACAAAAUUCUUAAAUCUGAUCGGCUAUCAACUGCCCUGAUUUCAGUCUUAAUAGGACAGUUAAAUAAGACAGUACGCGUCAUGCCUAAGUAAUUGGACAGUACGCGCCAUCACGUGCGGGCUUAAAUGGCUUUUUUUUUCACUGCUAGCAAAAAAAAUCUCGGAAUUUCUUGUCUUUUGUUUAAAAAAAGAGCCUCAUAUAUCACAAAUUUUGUUAAAGUUAUGAUUAAUUGGUAACAGAACUUCGUGUCGUCCAAUUCGGUCUCUUAUCAUACUCGUGAUUAAACAAAUCGGACUCCCGCGUUAAUCACUCGUAUGAUUACAGACCAAAUUGGACUCCACUCAGUCCUGUUACCAUUACUAAUAAUUACUAUUAUUCUGUAAUCAUAAUUGACUUGAAGAAUUUUUCAAAGACGUUUUAAUGAUCGCUUGUGCCUAUUGAUCAAUUAAUAACCACAAGGGGAUACUCUUGCAACCGAUAUGAUAUUAGGUGACAAAGAACUGGGCCUUCAUAACAGCGUUGAUUCUGCUCUGAUGAGGGUCUGGCGAUAACGUUGUCAGCUUUUGUCACUACCUUGCUGUACUAUUUCACCUUUUUUACUUCGUGAACAGAUUUAGCGGGUUUUUUCAGUGUUUCCCCCGGGGAUCACUCAAAUGUGAGGGGUAGGUUGUACACGAUAAAUGUUAAUGUAAAAGAAGUUUGAGUAGAGGAGGGUAGACGUCCCUGUGUAAGAAAAAACCGUUCAUUUUGCACACCUUAUUUCAUGACCCUGACUCAUUUCGUUUCGGAAUUAGCUUUGGUUGAAGAAGAAAAACCUUGUUGGUACCCCGCCCUUAUGUAGAUCGCUCAUCGCCAUAUCCAAAUACAAAUUCUCCCUACUAAUCUCCAUACAUUUCCUUAAAGAAUUGGAUAAGAGAAUUUGUUUGCUGAUCAAAGCUUUUCCCAUCAGGUGAUCAUCUCAUUAAUUCUCACAACAUUUUCUCUACAUUAUGUAUUGACAUUGUUACGAGAAAAUUGACUUUGGUCACUGUUGGGACUUAAAGGGUAAACACUUCCUGUUCAAAAAAGACACUAAAAUCCAUACCCUGUUCAGCGGCACAUACCCGUCCAAACCAGUAGUGCACCAACCCCCUCCCCUCCCACCCCCUCGGGUGUCUCAUAAUCUUAUUUUCUCGACCAAUCAGGAAUAAAUUCACCCAUGUGUGACGUACUGGCAUCAGCAUCCAGUUUAUGCUAAUUCUUGGCUGCCAACACAGGUUUUCACGAAAGAAUGCAUUGAGUCAUGAUCACACUAAGCCUUAAUAUAGCACUAUUUGCUUGUGUUUCUUCCUGUUACGUAGCUCAGUAGGCGCUGUUUGUAUGUUUAUUUUUCAGCGUAUGUGACAGCAUACAUUGUGGUGGUGCUGGUAGCCUUUGGAGCUGCCGUGUCAGGAACAGUGUGGGCCGUUUUUAUAUUUGUUAGAAGGUACGCUGCAGCAUAGAGUUGAACAAUUCAGUUACCAACGCUGUGUUUUCAUUUUUCAAUCUCCAAGGCCGGAAACUAAUAAUUUUUAGUCAAACGCAUAUCGACCUGAGUCACCGAAAGACCGGGACGGGAGGGAGGAGGACUGUCUCGUUAGAGGCGGCGGAGCGUUUUGAAAUGUGGGGGAAGGGGGUGAUCAUCGUCGACUCAGUCAUACGCAUACACCUAUAUAGAUUUUCCAAAAUGCCCUUUACGAUGUUCGUUAGCACGAUCAAUUUUCACAUUGUCUAGUGUGUCCGUAACCGAUUGAUGACAAUCCAUCAGCAGGCGGUUGUUCAGGCGGUCCUGCUUCAUUGUGCUUCUUAGAUAGUUCUUGAGCGUCGUCUAAUGGCAGAAAAUGUGCGCGCGCUCUGAAGUUGCCGAUGUCACAGGUUUUGUCAAAUACAACCGUAAAAGUGUUUUUCGGCAUCAAAACGUGAGGGGGGUGGCUACAGACCCCUCUGCUCCCCGUGCUUCGCCGCCUAUAUGCUCAGUCAAUUCUGAUCGACUUGAAUGGAACUAACAAUUAGCAGUCAGUUAAAUAUAGUUCGAUGUUAAAGUUGUUGUGAAAUUGAUCUCGAGUCCACCUCCUGAAAAAUCACUAUCAGCGGAUAAGUAUUAGGGGAACCAAUUGCACUAUCCACUGAAUAGAGAUUUAUCCGGUGGAUAGCGGUAUUAAAGAAUCGAGGCCAGAUGGAUAGGGUUUUCGGUGCAUAUUUUCAUGCUUUUAAUAAGAAUGAGGAUCUUUACAGACAACCCUCUCUUAACGGUAACUAUACUCUCUAUGAGACGGACUACGGAAAUGCAGGCGCUCUACAUGACAGUGAAUUGCAAAAUGUUUCAUAUCUUGUUGCUCCAGUUUGCAAAGUGCAUUGUAAUGCUUUGAGACCAAGAAGCCUUGAACGAUUGCUUGUAAUGAACGUUUGAUAGAUUGCACGAUGAGAAAAUGACUCCACUUUUCUUUUACAAAGUUCCAGGUUUAGCUGUUUUGUACACUGUUUUGUACAAGUUAAACAAACGUGCAUUCACGGCGAAUAGGUUCAGCUUUAAAAUUACUCGUGCCACGUUACCUCGACUCUCUCAACCGCCACUCCAGUGCCGAGUUGUUCAAAGCUGGGUUUAGAUAACUCCGGGUUAGUGCGAGAUUUAAAUUCAGAUUUGACAGCUUAAAAAUCAUUUCAGUUUUUAUUCUUUUGGUCUAUAAGUUGAUGAUUGGAAGGUCUAAAAAUGGCACAGAAAAUUAUACGAGAGAAUGCUUUUGAACACAAGAGAAAGAAACCUGGGUUAAAUUUAACCCCGGGUUAAGCGCUAAUCGGCCUUCGAACAACUGGGCCCAGGGCUUUAACUCUCUAUUAGCCGGAGACCCUCUAAGACGGACAUUCAGGGCCGCUCUCGAAGGUUUCCGUCUUAGAGAGAGUUGACUGCUAAAGAAAUGAUGAAGCACAAUGCCUCCUCCUCAGAGGCUUUCUUUUUUCGCACUUUGGUCGCAUCGCGGACGCAAUUGGCUUGUGAUGAAGCGCGCGGGAUCAUGGGGUGGAGAAAGAAGACAGGCUAAGCGACAUCUUGCCCGCUUCCUCCUUCCCACCGUCCUUUACGCGCAAAAAGGGAUGUCUGUGAAGGGGGCAGAUGAGCGCAUAUGAGGUCUCCAGUCCUCUGUUCGAAGACCUUACAUAACUCAUCUUCCAGUGAGGUGCUCUGUGUUAUCAGUGCUUGGUCGUUCGUUAUUACUGGUUUCUAAAUCUUUACUCGAGUGGCAGAGAGGUUUGAAAUAUAACACUUUCUGGAAAGAAAGGUACAUCUUCAACGGGAAUAUGAGGUCGCUUUCGUUAAGGGUGAGUUGGGAAAGGUCUUUUGACUUUAGAGAUUGAACAAGCUUGGAUUUUUCAGUAGCUGUAAAUACUUUAAUAGCAGUGAAAACAGCAAACGGCAAAAUUUAUACUAAGCAGUUAUCUGUGCGAAAACUAAAGUUAUAUAAAUUUCUUUCAGAUAUCGAGAAAAUGGCGGGACGAAACCGAAUGAAGGUGAUGAUGAAGAUCCUAAGGCUGAGCCCAAGGUGGGUACUCGAUCUCGUUAG